UGAGACCGAACCAGUUUUCAAAAAUAAUGGUACAGCUGCACUCUUUCGAUUUUGCAGUGAGACCGCUUUAGAGCUUUACCACAGUGCACUACAUGAAGACUAUGCCUUCGUGACCGGGCUGUCACAGUUCGUUCGCGUAAAUAUCUGUGAAGUUAGAGAUCUCCAAGUUGUGACAGGCUCCUCUCAUAUAUUCUCUGCAUUCAUUCUGUUUUAUUUUGAUGAGAAUUUUUUGAACAGUCAGGCCAGACUUUCAGAGCGAUGGAUCAGAAGCUUGUGUUCUCAGCCCUGGAAACAGUGUGUCAGGAGGCCAUCUCUGCUCUGAGCACGUCGGCUGGCAAACCACGCGCUGACUCCAUGACUCGUCUGCUGGAGCUCAUGAGGCAGACCCAGGAACACGGCCGCGCUCUCCAGCCGGUCGCGUCCGGCUUCGCGGCGGUCUACCAUCAUUACGACUUCGACCCUCAGACACCCGGGAAUGGAUACAGGACUUUAGUCAAGGUGCUGCGUUCCUGCAUUUUCCACAUCAUUCAGAAAGGUCGCUACAUCGCCGCUAACUGUCAUUCGCCUUUCUUUCGGGUGGAGCACAAUACAGGCGAAGUGGAGGCGUACUGCAGUGCCCUGUGCCAGCUCCGUGCCCUCCUCUACUUGGCACAGCGGUUGCUUAGCGACAACGAGCAUGGGCAGCUUUACUCACAGGAGGAAGGAGGCCUGAGUGAAAAGUUUGUGCAGGAGUACAUCUCCAUGCACAAGGCCUGCUUCUAUGGUCGCUGUCUCGGCUUCCAGUUCUCCCCGUCCCUGCGUCCGUUUCUCCAGACGGUGGUGAUAAGUAUGGUGUCCUGUGGGGAGAACUACAGAACACAGCAGUCUGGGUUUGGUAUGGCGGCUCUCUCUUUCUUCACCUCCGGGAAGUACGUUAUGGACCCAGAGCUGAGGGGGGCGGAGUUUGAGCGGAUAACGCAGAACCUAGACAUGUCCUUCUGGAAGUCUUUCUGGAACCUGACUGAGACUGAACUCCUGUCAGGUUUGGCCAAAAUGUCAUCUAACCAGGUGCAGGUGAACAUGGCCCUGACAGUACCUCCUAAUCCGCUGACUUUGCCCCUGGCUUCUGACCCCACCCUGACCACAACUGUGCCCCCCCCACUGGCCCACUGGGGCCCGGGGCCGGUACACAUGAGGCUCAUCUCCUACACCCUCCGCCAAGGACAGGUCAGUAAGGAGCUGCUGGAGCUCUGUCGUUCUGAGGGCACUUCUCGUUCUCUCCCCGCAGGUUUUCACCUUCAGAAGGGGGCCGAUCUCUCUCCCUGCCUCCUCAUACAUUUUCAUGGUGGGGGCUUUGUCGCCCAGACCUCCAAGUCACAUGCGAGUUAUCUGAAGAGCUGGUCGAAGGACCUGGAUGUUCCCAUUCUGUCUGUGGAUUACUCUCUGGCCCCAGAGGCCCCGUUCCCCCGGGCCCUGGAGGAGUGUUUCUACGCCUACUGCUGGGCCCUACAGAACUGUCACUUACUGGGGUCGACGGCUGAGCGCGUGUGUCUGGCAGGAGACAGUGCAGGAGGGAACCUGUGUUUGACCGUGUCCAUGCGAGCGUUGACUCAGGGUAUCCGUGUUCCCGACGGUAUAAUGGCCGCCUACCCAGCCACUCUCCUGACGACCGACGCCUCUCCCUCCCGCCUCCUCACUCUGAUCGAUCCACUGCUGCCCUUGGGCGUGCUUUACAAAUGCAUCAACGCAUAUGCAGGUUUGGACAUUCAGGCAGUGCAGGGUGGGCUACAGAUCAGUGCUCUGACUGCCGUGGGUCAGGACACUGCAGUGUUGACUAGUGACGUGACUGAGGGGGCGUCCAGUUCAGCACAGUCUGUGCCGGACUGCCCUGGAUCUUCAUCCUCAUCGCAGGCGUCGUCGAUCAGUACACAGUCCCCAGGUUCCGCUGCCUCCGCUGACGGCACAGCAGAGGGUUCCAGAGAUUUCCCCGAUGGCUUUCAGCCUCUGCGGUCAGGCUCUUUAGCCAAAAUCCAAACACCCCGUACCCCCAUCAUCAAAAACCCCUAUGUGUCCCCGCUCCUGGCCCCCGACCACAUGCUGAGAGGACUUCCGCCCGUGUAUCUGGUGGCCUCAGCUCUGGAUGCUCUGUUGGAUGAUUCAGUGAUGUUUGCCAAAAAGCUGAGGAACAUUGGUCAACCAGUGAGCCUGACCGUGAUAGAAGACCUCCCACAUGGUUUCCUCAGCCUAUCAAAACUCUCCAAAGAGACCCAGGAUGCUUCAGACAUCUGUGUGGCAAGAAUCAGGGAAGUAUUUCAGCAAAACCCGCUCUCUGAUACUAACAAACAGCCGAGGAAGCUCAGUGUGACCAGUAGCAAUCACAGCUCCACUGAUUAAGCGAGCCUGUAUUCAUUUUCCCAGUUCUAGUCGAUGUGAGAAAAGCUAAGGCAAGAAAUACAUGCAGAGUGUGGACCCCACGAAGUGGAAAACAAAGGUGAAGAAAAAAGGAAGACAAAGCAAGUAGUGAAGGAAGGAGAGAGAGAGAGAGAGAGAGAGAGAGAGAGAGACUGAAGAAUUGAGAGAAAAGUUAGCAUCAUUUGGAGUAUAAUAUGAACAAGAGUAUACACCACACUAUACUCACAGGUUAAGGAUAAAAGGUCAA